AUGGCGAUCAGUACUUAUAACGCUUGUAGACUUGCAUCGGAAGCGGCCAUCGAAGAUCUGAUGAUGCAAGCCAAGAAGAUCAAGUACGACGUCAUCGGACUGACCGAGACGAGACGACGUCACCCUCUCAACGCCGUAUAUGAAACUGGAGAAGAACUGUUCUUAGGAACAUGCGACAGUAGAGGUGUUGGUGGAGUUGGCGUCCUCGUCAACACGAGUGUGGCAAAGAACAUCGACUCUUUUGAACAACUUACGACCCGAAUCCGACGUCUGCGGAUGAGAAGAUGUGGUCCAACACCAGCUUUGACUAUCUUCGUCGCUUACGCUCCAACAUCAAGCUGCGAAGAAGAAGAAGUCGAAGCUUUCUAUAUGGACCUGGAGAAGUUCUACCGAAAAGAUCAUACCUUCUACAAGGUCAUAAUUGGUGAUUUCAACGCCGAAACUGGCCCGAGAAGAACACCUGAGAAACCUCACAUAGGGACCCACUGCCUACAAUGGAAUGAACAGGGGGAGAGGCUCUCCGAGUUCAUCAUGACGACUAAGACCAUCCAUGGGAACUUGCAAUUCCAGAAGCCCUCCUCUCUACGCUGGACGUGGGAGUCACCCGAUGGAGGGUACCGUAAUGAUAUAAACCACAUCAUCGUCAAUAAAAGGUUCUGCCUGACAGACGUCGCUGUUGUACCAAACUUCUAUACGGGAUCGUACCAUCGCCUCCUCCGAGGAAGAUUUUCCUUCACAAGGAGAGCAGAGAAAGCCACCAAGUUCAGAGAGAGAAAUCCUAGGACUACGAUCAACUGGGAUCUCUUCGCUACGCUAGCCGGUUUUUGGGAAGAUUCCGUAAUGGACAACAUCGACGAGGAAUAUGACCGGCUUGUUGAACGCCUUCACGACUGCGCGAAGAAGGCUGAGAGUUUUAAAACCACCAAGAGGCGCCUGUCUCUUGAAACUCUUGAAGAGGCGAUAAAGGAAGACCUUAAAGAGAGAAGAGCAGAAGUGCUGGCUGAUGCUGCAGAGGCGGGGAAAAGCAUCGGCUAUGCCCGUCGAAACUUCGCCAGUCACAAGACGAGGAUGACUGCUCUCCGGAACCCAAAGGGAACAGGCAUUGCAUCGAGAAGGGGGAUGGAGAAAAUCAUCUACGACUUCUACUCUGAUCUCUUCGACAGCCAUGUCUACUUCCCUCCUCACCAUCCGAGGGAAGAUGGAAAUGUCAUUCCAGAGGUUCUUUCGUCGUCGCGAAGUCCGGCAUGCUAUAAUCUCGGUAAGAAAUCGUACGGCACCCGGUCCCGACAGAAUAAGACCAGAACACCUGAAGAGCCUUCCGCCAGUACUCAUCAACACCCUGGCAAGGCUCUUUACACGUUAUAUGUCGGAAUGCAAGGAGAUCCACAUGACAUCGGCAACUAUCGUCUAAUCUGCCUACUGUCCGUCAUCUGCAAGCUCUUUACAAGAGUAAUCCUUAAUAGGAUUGCAAACGUCUUCGAUGAAGGACAGCCAUGCGAGCAAGCAGGGUUUCGAAAAGGAUUCAGCACGAUUGACCACAUUCACACUGCUUCAAAACUCAUCGAGGUGUCACGAGAGUACAAGAUGCCGCUCUGUCUCACCUUCAUCGACUUAAAGAAGACCUUCGACUCAGUUGAGACGAAAGCGGUCGUGGAAGCUAUGGACAACCAAGGCAUCCCUACUCAGUAUAUUAAGGUACUUCGAGAGUUGUACAGUAACUUCACGACCGGGAUUUCGCCAUUCUACAAGAAAAUCAUCAUUGACGUGAAGAGGGAGGUCCGACAGGGUGAUACAAUUUCACCCAAAAUAUUCACAGCAACCCUCGAGAACGCAAUGCGAAAGUUGGAAUGGGACGACAUGGGAGUGAAGGUUGAUGGUCGGCAGCUACACCAUUUGAGCUUUGUUGAUGACAUCGUACUGAUAACAUCUAACAUCAGCCAAGCGGAACGAAUACUGACCGAAUUCGACGAAACAUGUGGAUGCAUCGGUCUUCAGGUGAAUCUACAAAAGACGAUGUUCAUGCGGAACGGAUGGGUCUCGGAUGCCCCAUUCACGCUCAACGGAACGAACAUAUCCGAAUGCACCAGCUACGUUUAUCUGGGUCGGGAACUGAACAUGAUGAACGACCUGACCCCCGAGCUGGGUAGGAGGAGACGAGAGCAUCGAGGAUGUAGUGAAGAAGACCAGGAACACCCGGCUCAGCGCUCACCUCUUCAACACCACCGUACUUCCUGCUUUGACCUAUGCUUCGGAAACCUGGGCAUUUCGCAAGCAGGAAGAAAACGCGCGCACUACAAGAAGACCGCCGACCCGAUUGUCAGAUUUCUUCACGAAGUCCUUCAAAGAAAAAUAUGGUGCUCUUCGUGUCCUACGCGAAAGGAGGAACCACUGAGCUACUCUGGCACGCGAUCGGGACAAAUGGAAGAAUUACUGGCGCCCGCUCGACCAGUUCGAAGAUCAACGGGAGUGGAGGUGAUCAAGGAACCUGGUGGAGGAAUUUGGCUCAACGUCGUCUUUUUACGACUGCGGGAUCGCGGAGGACGUAAACUCUGGAUCGUAAGUGCUCACGCACCUACGGAAACCGCUGAGGACAACAGUAAGGACGUCUUCUAUGAUGAACUCAAUGCGUUGAUGUCUAAAAUACCAAGCCAGCAGGUGGUUAUUGUCGGAAUCGACGCAAAUGCGAAGAUGGGACUCGAACAGCAAUCCGACGUGCUAGGAAAAUGGUAUUAUCCAGCGGAGCGCACGUCGGACAACGGUGACCGUCUGGUCGACUUGUGCGAACAGACGGGUCUCAUCAUCGCUUCCACGUUUAAGAGGAAUCGUCGACGCCAUCAGCUCACGUGGCAGGGGUCAACCCUUUUAACACCUGAAGAGCAGCGCAAGCGGAAGAUGAAGACUCUUAAGCUUCAGCUCGACUACGUUCUGGCGAGGAACAUUCCUUAG